GAGAGUCUGAGGAGAAUCGCCGGAGCGGGAGGAGAAGCUCGCAGUCGGCCGCGACGUUGCCUAACGCCGCAAAGCCCGGCUAGGUGAGGCCGAGGCUUCUCUCCCGGAGCCGACGUGGCAGAAUUGGAGUGUUUUGAAGGAAAAAGAAAAAGGAAACCCUCCGAGGCUUUUUCAGCUUUUUGCACGCACGCCGGCUUGGUGCCUGCAUGGUGACCCAAUGGCAUCCCGCAAAGGAUCGGCCACCAGCCCCGGGAGCAGCACGCCCGUCAGCAAUAGCCGAGACCGGGAAGAUGUCGAACUGGCUGAGCUCGGUCCCCUCUUAGAGGAGAAAGCCAAUCCAGGAACGUCCCGUUCAGCCGACAACCCAUGUCAGCCCUGCCCGGCUACUCAGGAGGAAGAGGAGGAGGAAGUAAGGGUCUUAACCCUCCCCUUGCAGGCCCACCAUGCAAUGGAGAAGAUGGAAGAAUUUGUCUACAAGGUCUGGGAAGGGCGAUGGCGGGUCAUCCCCUACGACGUCUUGCCUGAUUGGCUGAAGGACAACGACUACCUGCUUCACGGACACCGCCCGCCCAUGCCUUCCUUCCGCGCGUGCUUCAAAAGCAUCUUUCGCAUCCACACCGAGACCGGCAACAUCUGGACCCACCUACUCGGUUUUGUCCUUUUCCUGUGCCUCGGGGUGCUGACCAUGCUGCGUCCCAACAUGUACUUCCUGGCACCCCUGCAGGAGAAAGUGGUUUUCGGAAUGUUCUUCCUAGGUGCCGUGCUAUGUCUCAGCUUCUCCUGGCUCUUCCACACCGUCUACUGCCAUUCAGAGAAAGUGUCGCGGACGUUCUCCAAGUUGGACUACUCGGGCAUCGCCCUGCUGAUUAUGGGCAGUUUCGUCCCGUGGCUUUAUUACUCCUUCUACUGCUCACCCCAGCCACGACUCAUCUAUCUCUCCAUCGUCUGCGUCCUGGGCAUCUCUGCCAUUAUCGUGGCCCAGUGGGAUCGCUUCGCCACCCCCAAACACAGGCAGACUAGAGCAGGCGUCUUCCUCGGGCUGGGCCUGAGUGGCGUGGUACCCACAAUGCACUUCACCAUCGCCGAGGGCUUCGCCAAGGCCACCACAGUAGGCCAGAUGGGGUGGUUCUUCCUGAUGGCCGUGAUGUACAUUACCGGAGCUGGACUUUACGCAGCUCGUAUUCCAGAAAGAUUCUUCCCGGGGAAAUUUGACAUCUGGUUCCAGUCCCAUCAGAUCUUUCAUGUCCUGGUGGUGGCCGCAGCCUUCGUCCACUUCUACGGCGUCUCCAACCUGCAGGAGUUCCGGUACGGAUUGGAAGGUGGCUGCACGGAUGACUCGCUGCUCUGAGGAUCAUGAGAAAAUGAUCGCGGGAAAACGAUCACAAAAAGUUCCCAAAGGGCUUUUCUGCCGGACUUUGUCUUUCUCGACUUAAAACCUAUAGUGUUUUUUUUUUCUUAAAUUAGAAACGAAACUCGACGCAAUGUUGACCGUGCCUGGCAAGAAAGGAAAGCGGGGUAGGCUUGUUCCUGAGGCCCCUCCGCGUUCUGAACGAGACCGUGCAUGGCUCGUCAGAUUCCUAGUUUGUCUCGCAUGGCAGCGGUAACUCUGAGAAGGAAUUCCCCCAGGCUAUCCCGCCGACAUUUUGCCUUUCUUGACAAAAUCACGUACGGUGAAAAGGAAAGUAUUUAAUAUUUAAGAAGUUUUACAAACGAGAUGUUGCCCAGUCAAAUUCCGCAUCCUGACACGUUCGUCGAGGGAGCUGCGAGCCGGGCACAGGGUGGGAUUCGGAGUUGCCGAGCUGCUGUGACUUUCGGUGUGGCGGUGAUUGGAAUAAACUAUGGAUGAUGGGGUAGUGGGGAAUUGCCUCGAGGGAGGGUGGGGUCUCCAAGGUGCGCACGCAUCUACACAAUCCAGAAUCUUGACGCCUGAAGAUGUUGCUUCUGACGACACAGUCCUUUUGCCGGAUUUUCCGUAUCCCAUCCAAGUCGCACAUAUUGAUUUUUCCUGAGCGGCCGAUUUGCUUUGCUGCGCAGAAAAGAGGGAGGAGGAUUUGAUGGGGGUUGAGUUUCUAACUUGCAAACAGCACCUCACUGUCAACAGGUUAAAAAAAGACGGAGCAAAAUGAUGGUAAGAUUGUUGCUGAAGUGACACAGAGGUAGAAAGUUGCCGUGUCUCACAGUGCUUCUAUCAGAAGAGCCCAGGUGGUUGUGAGAGCGAAUUGUCCUCUUGGACUGUUCUUGCCGGAGUAACCCUGCUUGGUCUUACUUCUGCUCCAUCCAACUUUCUCACCUGUGCUUGGUGGUUUUCUCAGAGACAUUGCACUACCCAACCAGGGAACAUCCUUGGUGCUAGAAGAGAAGAGAGGUUGCUCUUUCUUGACUGUCCCUCGGGGGCCUCCUGCACCACGGCUGAGCGGUCGCUUUCGUACUCCACAG